GGCCUCUAAGUCUGCAGCCGCUGAAGUGAGCCCUAACCUAAGCGAUUUGCUUCUCCGGCCCACUUUCUUUAGUCAUCACCAUUUUGGCGGGAAAGCGAACCCCGCCAAACGCUAAAACCGGGAACUGGAAACUCCUCUACGCAACAGAGUAAUCAACAUAAAUCACAAAGCCUCACUUCUUUCUAAUUUCCCUCUUUAUUAUUUUCCAAUAACAUAGAAUGGCAGCAGAAGAAGAACAAGAGCAAACACCAGAACAGGUAGAAGAAGAAUUCUCAGUAUGGAAAAAGAACACGCCGUUUCUCUAUGACCUCGUGAUUUCUCAUCCUCUUGAGUGGCCGUCUCUCACCGUCCAAUGGGUCCCACUAUCGGCUCCGGUGCCUCACCCGACCGAUCCAUCUUUCGCCGUUCAUCGGCUUGUUCUUGGAACCCAUACAUCCGAUGAUUUCCCCAAUUUUCUCAUGAUUGCCGACGCCGUUUUGCCCGCCCGUAAUGCUGAGGCUAAGUUCGAUGGCAGACCUGAAAAUUCUGUGAUUCCAAAGGUGGAAAUAACUCAGAAGAUACUUGUUGACGGAGAGGUGAAUCGGGCACGAUGUAUGCCUCAGAAUUCAGCUAUUGUUGCUGCGAAGACAAGUGGUUGUGAGGUUUAUGUGUUUGAUUCUACCAAACAGGCUGAGAAACAACAACAGGAUGGUUGUGAUCCGGAUUUAAGGUUGAGGGGUCAUGAUAAAGAAGGGUAUGGGCUAUGCUGGAGUCCCUUUAAGCAGGGAUUUCUUGUGAGUGGUUCACAUGAUAAUAGAAUAUGCUUGUGGGAUUUGUCUGCCAUUGCACAAGAUAAAGUACUUGAGGCAAUGCAUGUAUAUGAGGUUCAUGAAAAUGUGGUUGAAGACGUGUCAUGGCACUUGAAGAAUGAGAAUUUAUUUGGUUCCGUCAGUGAUGAUUGUCGGUUAAUGAUAUGGGACUUGCGCACCAAUCGACCCCAACAUUCUGUUAAAGCUCAUGAAAAAGAGGUUAAUUAUCUUUCAUUCAAUGCCUUUAAUGAAUGGAUUCUUGCUACGGCAUCUUCAGAUGCUACUGUCGGUCUGUUUGAUAUGAGGAAGCUGACUGUGCCGCUGCAUGUUUUAAGUGGUCACACCGAAGAGGUCUUUCAAGUGGAGUGGGAUCCUAAUCAUGAAACAGUGCUAGCAUCUACAGCUGAUGACAGAAGGUUGAAUGUUUGGGAUCUGAACAGGAUUGGAGAUGAGCAAUUAGAGUUAGAUGCAGACGACGGCCCCCCUGAGCUUCUUUUCUCCCAUGGAGGUCACAAGGCUAAGAUCUCAGAUUUUUCAUGGAACAAGAAUGAGCCCUGGGUCAUUUCAAGUGUAGCAGAUGACAACAGCCUUCAGGUAUGGCAAAUGGACGAAGGCAUUUAUCACGAUGAUUAUGAUAUGCUGGCUGCUGAAGAGUGAUGACCUUCUGUAAUUCUAAGAUGAGUUAAAAGCUAAUGUUUCCUUUGUAGCUGUAUUGGUCACCAUCAUGAUUAUGUUUGUGACAAACGUGAUGAGAUUUUGUACUUAAUGCAAUCUAUCUGAGUGAUGCAUAAACAACUAUAUUAGUAAAAAUGUAAGUAGAAAAUCAUUUACGUGUUAUAUCGGCCUCUUGACAUGCUUUUUGGAAUUGCAAUUUGUGACUAAAGAUGUGUUCUCAAAUUCCCAUU